AUGGAAGUUACUACAUUAUUAACCACAGCAUUGUAUAAACUUCUUAACAUCACGUCAGCUUCAAAAUGUGAUUAUUAUAUUUGGACUCAACAGGAACUUUUGAAUAUCUGUUUAGGUCCGCACAGACAAUCGAACACCAAGCGAACAAAAGUACAUAGCUUAUUGGAUCGAUUAGUUAAAAAAGGACUAAUAAAAUCGAUGAAAACGCAAUCUGAUAAUCAAAAGCAAGAAGUAACAAUUUAUUGGAUCGCUUCUGAUGAUAUUUCCGCUGAAAAUGACAUUAAGGAAGUGGAUCUUGAAUCGAUGUCAACGUCAACUUCUGAACCAGCGGCAAAAAAAAUUUCCCUUGGCAGCAGAACUCCAACAACUCCAACAACUCGAUCAAUGGCCUCUAUAAUAAAUAAAACUCGUGCUAAAUUUUCGGGAAUUUCUCCAAAUUCAACUGCAGUGGCUCAAUCAUUGCAUUCCCCAUUGGGAAAAAGAACUCCUAUAUCAUUAUCAAAAAAAUCAUCAAGUUUUAAAUCUCCAAGUUUUAAAUCUCCAAGUUUUAAAUCUCCAAGUUUUAAAUCCCCAAGUUUAAAAUCUCCAUUAGUUCAAACAUUCCAGAAUCCGGAAAUUAAAGAAUUGAUCGAACAAAAACGACAAUUGGAAAAAGAUAUCGAGAAUGUUAAAGAUAAUAUUCGGAAAAGGAAAUUAUUAUUGACAUAUCAAGAAAAGGAUGAAGAAGCUAAUAAUGAAAAACUCGUAAAAAUCUGGCGAAAAGCUAGUCAAGAAGCUGCAGAAUUUCUAUUUUCAAAGCUUCCCAAACAAUCAUCACCGUCAUUUCUUAAUGAAGCAGGAUUUUCAAAUUCAUGGGGAAAUAAAAAUUGGGGUUGGGAAGAUACAAAUGAAGAUGAUAAAAGAUAUAAGCAAAGAGAAAAUGAAUCAGAUCAAGAGCUUGAAUAUUGUGAUGGUAAUGAAUGUGAAAGGGAUGACACCGAACAAAAAGACACAAUGAAAUAUAUGCUUACAAAGAUGGGAAUUAAUCUAGAUUUAAUCAAAUGGAAUGAAAAUGAUGAGUAUAAGGAAAGUUGUAACCGACCAAUUCCUUGGAAGAAACAAAUUAUUCAAUGUUUUUAUAGAGGAGAUAUCAUAAAACCAAAAUUUUUGACAAUUAGUAACAGACGUAUUCUUAACGAAAAAGGUGCCUACGCACUUUAUCAUGGUAGAAAUUUUAGUACAAAAGCACCGGAUGAAAGUAUCAAUCGCUCAAAAACAUCAGUACUCAAACAAACAAGUGAUCAAACAAGUACUACUUCAUCACCAUCACAAACAUCACCUCCAACAUCAAUUCCUUCAAAAAUACUUCAAGCCUCAUUACAAUUUGUACCAAAAUAUGGAUGGUCAAUUGAAUCAUUAUCACAUGGAGCAAAUUCACUUGGAUUUCCUUCUGUUAGUCAUGGUUUAUUUCCUAGAGGUGGUAUAGAUUUAAUUGAUUAUUUUUUAGAAGAUUCCAGGAGGAAGAUGGUAUCAGAAUUGAAUAAUAAAAUGAAUGGAUUAAAUUUUACUAAACCUUAUAUUAAAAAAUGGCCAGAGGCACUUGCAUUAAUGGCAGAACCAAAGUAUGUGCCAAUGUCAUUUAAGCAUCUUGCAAAAUUGGUUGAUGAUAUGUGGUAUUUGGCUGGUGAUAAAAGUUCAGAUAUGAAUUGGUAUACUAAAAGAGGAAAUCUUGCCAUCAUUUAUUCUUCUACCGAUAGAAGAUUACAAGAUAUUGCUACAUUUGGUAAAGCAAUUAAUGAGAUUAAUAUUUUUGCAGAAUAUGUUAGUAGAUCUUUUAUGGGAAUACUUGCAUCAAAAGGAAUUAAAGAAAUUGAAAAGUUUAAUAAAUAA